AUGGGAGCUAGUGUCAAUUGUAUGAGAACUCCAAAAGACAAUAUUGAAAAAGUUGAAUUUAAUAUGCUCAAUCGUCCUCUUUCUAAAGUCCAGUCAGAAAUAAUUGAAAAAUCUCAAACAAAAAUUGUUAUUCAUGGCAUUACUAAGGCUUUUUUAAUUAGAAAAAAAAUUCAGCCUCAUCUGGACAAAAUCCGAGCAAGAAGAAACAAAUUUAAACAAAUAAUCAUUCAAGCACAAAUUAAAGGCUUUUUAAAACGAAAGGAAAUGAUUCCGAAAAUUAUGGAAAUUCGAUCAAAAAAAUACGGUAAUUUAGGAUCUUUAUACCUUUUUUCGCUGAAUUUGUUCUUAUUUUUCCAGAAAAAUUUUAUUUUAAAUUUAUACAAAAAAUAGCUUAUUACAAUUAAUUGCAAAAAGCGUUUUGAUUCGUAAGAAAAAUUAUCCAGCAUUAAGAGAAAUUGCAAAUAAAAAAUUGUCCCAUUCUUUAGCUAUAAUAAAAUCAAUAUGCAAAUCUCACGUCGUACAAAAAAUGAUAAAACCCAAAUUAAAAAAACUUAGAAGAAGAAAAUAUAAUUCACUCGGAAUCCAGCUUCAGUCAUUAGGGAGAAGUUUUUUAAUAAGAAAAAGAAGCAAAAUCCUUCUGAAAGAAUUAUAUGAGUAUAAAAGAACUCACCCAAGACUGCCUUAUGAUUAUUAUAAAGGGAAAGUAAAUGGUUUGAAAAGUGAUAAAGUCAAAGAAAUAGAAGAAAAAAUAGGUAGAUUUAAAAGACCAAAAUACCAUGGGAAAGUCAAAGUAAAUUAUAGAAAACCUUUACAGCUAGAAAAUUCUGUAUAUGAUGGAUACUGGGAUUUAGAGACAAAUAAAAAGCAUGGAGUCGGAAAAGAAUUCUUCAAUGAUGGAGCAUUUUAUUAUGGACAAUAUAAAGCAGGAUUAUAUCAUGGGGAAGGAAGACUGAUUUAUAGCAAUGGAGACUAUUAUCAAGGAAAAUUCAAAAGAGGACUAUACUCAGGAUACGGAAUUUUAAUUAAAGCAGAUGGAAGUAUUUAUAAAGGCUAUUUCAUUGACGGCAUUAAAAACGGCGCUGGAAAUGAAAUAUUGCCAGAUGGGACUAGCUAUGAUGCCACUUAUGUAAACGGCUUAAAAAAUGGUCCGGGUAUAUACAAAUCUCCAGAUGGAAAAUCGUAUAAAGGUGACUUUCAGGAUGAUCUAUACCAAGGAAAAGGGACUUUUCAAUGGCCAGAUGGAAAAGAAUAUACAGGCGAUUGAUAUAAAGGAAGAAUGCAUGGGAAAGGAGAAUUUAAAUGGAGUGAUGGGAGAAAAUAUGUAGGAGAUUACAAUAAUGACAAAAAGCAUGGUUUAGGACUUUUUAUAUGGCCAGAUGGGAAAAAAUAUGAUGGAGAGUGGGUGAAUGGAAACCAGCAUGGAGCAGGGAAUUAUACAUUUUGGGAUCCAAAGAGAAAUAUUUUUAAAACUUUACCUGGGACUUGGGCUGAUGGAAAAAGAGUUUCUUGGACAACACCAGGUGAUAGUAAAUAA